AUGCCAUUUUGUAUCACUCAUCUGUCCGUUUUACGCGAAUACAUUGAUCUGGAAUUUAAAGACCUCAUGGAGACCCUUUCAUUCCCAUAUGACUUGGAGCGCAUCAUUGAUGAUUGGAUCUUUAUGGCAUUUUUGUUGGGAAACGAUUUCAUUCCCCAUAUUCCGAAUCUGCAUAUUCAUGCGGAAUCACUACUGGUUUUGUGGGAUACAUAUCAUGUAGUACUUCCCAAAUUAGAUGGUUACAUCAUUGAGUAUGGUCGUUUGCAUCUUGCACGUUUUCAUCGAUAUUUGGAGGAGCUGUCCAAGUUCGAGCAAUCUUGGUUCGAAGAACGUGAGGCAGACCAUCGCUGGAUGCGUGGUAAACGCGGAGCUCAGUUGUCCAAACAGUUGGAGAAUCUGGGAAAAGAUCCGAAACCAUCAACUGUCCGAAAGCCUGAAACAUCAGUCGCCAAGUGUGAACACGUUCCGACCGAAGAGACAAGCGAUCCGGCGUCCGAUUUGUCCCAGUUGGCAGCGCUUACCAACUUCUUCGGAUCCACCUCGAACGACAUGUUUCAGGCAGGCUUUCUAGACGAAACAACAGAAUUGAUGAAAGAAGGUGUCAUCCCGGCCACACCGUUGCAAGAAAACCAACAACCCAACGAAAUUUGCCAUACCGCUCAACCACCCGAAUCGUCUCCGGAGUUAGGUCAAUCCCUGUCUGCCGAGGAGGAAGCAGAUGAACAAGGUUUGGAUGGUGAGGAUGAACUCAUCUACAAGAUGCAUAGACGUGACUACUACUGGUCGAAAUUGGGCAUUCAAAUUGAUUCGGAAUCUGUGACUAACACCGAGAGUCUUUACCCCCUCGUGCGCGAUUAUGUACGCAUGCUUCAAUGGAUUUUAUGUUACUAUUUCCUUAAAGUCCCCGAUUGGAGCUUUUUCUACGCUUAUCACUAUGCUCCAUUCGCAUGUGAUUUGUUGCUCUACACCCAACAGUUUCUUAACCGGGAUCCAGCUGGAUCCGAAUUGGAAUGGGCCGAGUUCGACUCUACGUCUGAACCUGUGCUCCCCUUCAUCCAGCAGUUGAUGAUCAUGCCGACGGACGCGGCUUAUAUUGUGCCAUCCGCUUAUCGAACCCUUAUGACGUCCCCGACGUCACCUUUGGCGGAAUUCUUCCCUGAAAAGUUUUCCACUGAUAUCAAUGGGAAGAUCGCUUCUUGGGAAGCGGUUGUGCUCAUUCCUUUUCUUGACGAAAAACGGCUGUUAGAUGCGAUGCGCCCGAUGGAUGCCAAUCUAACCAAACAAGAAAGACAACGCAACAAACAUAAGACGCAUUUCUUCUAUCCGGCCGCAGAACCGCAAAAUUUUACAAUCACAAAGACCCAUGUUGUCCAAAUGGAUUACAGUUUCUUCCGUGAUCGCGUCAUGCUGGCCAAAGACCAAAUGAAACAGGCAUGUCAUCAUCCCGACCGUGUUGUUUGUCCCGACUUCCCCAGUCUGCAGCGGUUGACCUUCACCACGGAGUUGCGUCGCAUUCCUGUGCACGUGAGUAGUCAGGGAACAUGCAUUACAUUUUUGGUGCAUAGUCAGCUCGAUGGAUAA